CUUCAGUUCUAUCUACUAAAUAUACCAUAAUAAACUGUGAUAGUAAAACAUAAACUUUAUUAUUAAGUUCCCCACUGGAAACAAGAAAUUUACGAUGGAACCACCAAUUCAUCCCGAAGAACUGCUCCUCACUUGGGCAAAGUGGCCCAUCCUUGGCGUCCAGUUUAACGGAUAUCUUUCACUCUCCGUAACCCAAAACAAAUUUACAAAAGAUACACAAUCUCAACCGAAAAAUUACCGCAAAUCUUUACAAUUUCACUUCGUCAGCAUUCCAUUUAUAUUUCAUGUAUUAUUUAUAACAAUAUUCUCAGUUCUUAUCAUCUGCUUCGGCAACAAGGGUUACAACGCGUUCAAACGGUUAGAGGAGCUCUCAUCCGACGCCACAAUCCUUGCCGGUUACACUCUUUGUGGAUUCAUAUAUACGAUAGGAAAUCGAACCUGGAGUUUAUUCAGUGUUAAGAAAAGCCUCGUCUUUUGGGCUUAUCAAGUGGAUAAGAUUAGUCUUAUCACGCCUAAUUUGUGGGACCCUGAAUCUGUGCGGGAUUUACGAAAAGAAAUUCGUACAUCAUUUCUCCGUACCGUUUUCUUCAUCAGUAUCGUCAUGAUCUCACUAUUUUUGGGUGAUUUAAUUUUAGUGGAUUUUUUGAAAAUCUCGAAAUAUAGCGUUAUUGCGGAUUCCUUCAUGGGUCAGAGCGGUCCCGUUGUAAUUGCUGGAUUAUUUUGGACAUAUUGCUAUUUUUCUAAUGCAUUUUUGUCCGUCUGGUUAAGUUUCUUUGUUAAAAUAUAUGCCGCUGCAGUGUCAUCAAUUCGGGCUGAGGUGAAACUCGGGAAAAUUACUGGGACAAAAAUAGCCAGAAUUUCGAAAGCUUAUAGCAUUUUAAUUAAGCUGGUGAAUCACUUUAAUGCUAAAAUGGGGAGAAGGAUAUUUUUAGAGGUGGGAUUUAACCUAAUUUUCAUCUUGGGUAGCACCUACUUUGUCAUUGUUUCUGUGAAAGUGGGCGAAAUUGGAAAUAUGCUGACGAACCUGACUAGUGCCGUGUUAUCGAUGCAUGUCCUGUACAUUUACGGUAAUGAUGGAGAAAAGCUGGAGGCCGCGAGGGUACAAUUGGUAACUUUGUUGUGUGAAUUGGAAGGAAAUUGGGAGAUGGGAGUGGCAGAUAAGCAGAUUCGGGAUUUUCAAAUGAAGGUGAAAACGUGCAAGCUACGGAUAACACCUGAAAAUUAUUUUAAGCUUGAUAGAAGUUUCAUUUUGUCGGUUUUGCCGAUUUUGAUGACGCUAUUAAUUGUGUUGGCCCAAUUCAGAGAUUCUGACGAGAAGGGUGGGACACGUUAAGGGGGAGGAUAACUGAAUUAUCAAUUAAAUAAUGGAAUUAACGAAGAGUGGGACACGCUUUGACUACUAAUCUCACUCUGCCCCACACUGGUAUUUGCGUCCAUUGUUGUACAUACGAUCAACCCUUCACUUCUGUCCGUGGCUACAUCACCGUCGAUUGUAUCAGCAUCUUUAUGUCGAUCGUGUACUUGAUCUUUUCCUGCCUCAUGGUGCAUGGAUAUCGCGUGCGAAAUCACCGCUACAUCUUGCCAUGGUUAGUCUGGAACUAUGUAUCCCUUUGCAUCGGUGGUGCCUUGACCGUGAUGCUGUUUUUAAUGAUGACCGUGGUUGGAGAGGUCGGUGCGGGAUUCACUUUUCUCGCUAUUGGUGGGGUUUACUUGGUAGUGUGGUCUUACUUUUUCUUCGUGGUGAAAAGAUUUGUCGACGAGUUGAAGGGAAGCGUGACUUAGACUUUGGAACACAUAUAAUGGAAUUAUUGUAUAUUUAUAAUUUUAUACUAAUUUGUGUAUACUUUGAAUUACUUUUUUUAAAAAUCUGCGUUGGAGGAUAUGUUCAUUGAGAAAAUAUGUAUUAAUUAUCUUCCAAGCUUUUGAAUAAAUGUCUAUGUAUUAUCUUUCAAGGUUUCCAAUAAACAUUCAUGAAG